AUGAAGGCAGCACUGACCCUCCUGGCUCUUGCUCUCCUUCAUAUCUGCUCUUCUUUUCCCAUCAGACACCCCACAAACUGGCUCAGACAAUGUCGCGCCUCCACCGACCUCUCCAUCACAGCACUGGAGGUGCUGCCGGGCGGAGGCUGGGACAACCUCCGGAACAUGGACAUGGGUCGGGUCAUGAACCUCAGCUACUUCCAGUGCCAGACCACCGAGGACGGAUUCUACCUGAUCCCAGAUGAGGUGUUUGUCAUCCCGCACAAGGAGACAGGCGUGGAGACAAGCUCAGAGAUAAUCAGCUCCUGGCUGGAGCAGACAAGCUCUACAUCUCACUCCAUAAAUGUAGAGGUAUCAUUCCUUUCAAAGCUGAAUGCAAAAUUCUCUACAGAGAACAAGAGGAUGAAAACCCAUCAGGUCAAAGACUCUUCAACCACAACCAGAGUGCAAGUUCGUAACUUCAUCUACACAGUGAAGGCUUAUCCAGACUUCACUCUGGACACACGCUUUGCUCAACAAGCCAAAGAGAUUGCUGAUGCGAUUGAAAACAACCAAACAAGGAACGCAGACUAUCUCUCAGAGAAGAUGGUGCUGGACUACGGAACCCAUGUUAUCACUAGUGUUGAUGCUGGGGCUUCUUUGGUGCAGGAAGACUACCUCCAUUCGUCAUAUGUGUCGGAUAGUUCGUCAGAAAGUUCCUCCGUCAAAGCUGAGGCAGGCUUAAGCUUUUUUGACAAACUCAAGUUUGACAUAAGCAGUGAAAACACCCAACAGAGCUCAUCACUCAAAGCGUAUCAGUCCAAUAUUACAUACUCUAUUACCCAGAGCCAUGGAGGCAUACCUUUCUAUCCUGGCAUCACUCUGCAGAAGUGGCAGGAAAGUACCAGGAACAACCUGAUUGCUAUUGAUCGGUCUGGAUUUCCCCUCCACUACUUUAUAAACACAAACACCUUCCCUGAUUUGCCGCAGCCUACAGUUGGCAAAGUGGCUGUUGCAGUGAGUCAGGCCAUAGAGCGAUACUACAGGAUCAACACGCGGCCU